AUGUCUCAAGACUCCGAGAUGAACCUUGCAGAGUUCCACGACCCUCUCACUGGCACCACACCAGCUCCUAACCCAGCAACACCAGCAUUCAAUGUUGAACCCGGCCCGGAAAAUUCACCCGCACUUCAGGCACUCGCUCAGGCUGUCAAUGCAAUCUCUGGGCUCGCUACUGCCCAGACAACAUUUGCGACCAAUCAACAGGUCAUUCAGGAAGCCAUCGCGCACCUCAUGGCUUCCAUGCAGAUGCCAGGCACCAAUCGCGCGUCUGUGCCUCCGGGUAGCAUUCGCUUCCAUGACCCAUGCACAUUCAAUGAGCAUCUACAUGUCUACCUGGCUUGA